AUGAAGGGUGAUUUGAGUGGACAAUGUGGGGCGGGAGUUUACAGAGGUAACAGGUACCAGGAAGGUCGCCGCCCUUUUCGCUUCACAUAUUUCAAUACCUUUUGUGCUAUGCAUCCAAACAAUUCAGCAUCAUCAGCCAUCGCCUUAAUGUUGUCAGGUCAAGGCCAGUCUGUGGCUGUUGCUUUUCUCGCCACCAUUUGUCCGUGCUAUUUUGUGAUACACGAAAUUUUAUACAAUAGUACUUCUGUAUAUACACAGUCGUAG